AUGGUGCACAUGCUGCAACCUCCAGCCAGCAUGCCACAACCACAAGGGAUGCUGGAACCUGGCAGCAGUCUCCCACCAUUGACAACACAAAGCAGAGUUGCAGCAAGAGGACUGCACCAGCCUCUCAAAGUGACAGCCCCUACAAUGAUGGUCACGAGUGUGGAGGAAAACGUGCAUGUGGAGCACCUGUAUGAUUGGGAAGACACCUCUACAAAGCACCUCAGAGGCCAGGCCUUCAUCUCCAGCCCUGAAGACAGCUCAGAUGAGGAUGCUGUUAAAAAAUGUUUACACGUGUUGCUACUAUGCUUUGGAAUCGAGGCCUCAAUAGAGGAGAACACGGAUUUCAGGCCUCAUGUGGAGAAUCACACCAGGCUGAGGGAUGACACAAGCCGCAAGUAUGUGCGCCUGUACCAGUUGUACAGCCGUACCAGUGGCAAACACCUGCAAGUUCUGGGGAGGAGGAUCAGUGCCAAAGGCGAAGAUGGGAACAAGUAUGCCCAGCUCUUAGUGGAAACUGACACAUUUGGCAGCCAAGUCAGGAUCAAAGGGAAGGAGACGGAUCAUUACCUAUGUAUGAACAAGAAAGGAAAGCUAGUGGGCAAGCUCAGUGACAGAAGCAAGGAGUGUGUCUUCAUAGAGAUAGUUCUGGAAAACAACUACACUGCCCUGAUGUCUGCGAAAUAUAUGGGCUGGUACGUAGGUUUCACCAAAAAGGGGAGGCCAAGGAAAGGGCCUAAAACUCAACAAAACCAACAAGAAGUACAUUUCAUGAAAAGAUACCCUAAGAUCCAGGGUGAGACGCAGGCACCAUUUAAAUUCACCACAGUUAAUAAGAGAACUAAACGAAUACGACCUUUGAAUUCCAGUUAG